GAGAGGCAGAGCAGAGGUUUUGCUACAGAAUUGUGGAAAGAAGAAACGAACAAAAACAAGAGAAAGCAAAGAGGAAGAGAGAAAGGGAGACAGAUUCAGACAGACAAAGGGAGUGAGAUGCUUAGACACACACACCUCCUUCUGCUUUCCCUCCUGAUGACCUUUAACCUCUGCAUCACCUUGGGAGGGAGAGCUCAAUGCAAACAGAAGCAGAUGGACAGUGAGCUCAAGCCGUAUGUGGGUCGAGUGGAUGCAGCGUUCCUGUGUGAGUUAAUGAAGUGUUACAGUCCCAUUGGAUCACAGUGUCAGGUGGUGAAGAAUGGAGACAUUCCCAUCCCAAAGUGUGUUUGUCCAACCACCUGCCCUCAGCAGGGGGUGCCAGUGUGUAGCGUAUUAGGUAAAACCUACAUCAAUGAGUGUCUCCUUCACAAAGAGGCAUGUCGCAAGAAACGCCGCAUUGGAAAAGCACACAAUGGACCAUGUUUGGGGGUUGGAGUGUGUUCAGAGCAGGAGUUUGGUCAGUUUCCCUACAGGCUGCUUGACUGGUUCUUGUUAAUCAGCAGAAUGGGAAAACGAUACACAGCAGCACACACACCAAGUUGCAUCACACACACACAGAGAGUACAGCUUGCACAGAGCUGGUUUUCUCUGUUGGAUCGCAAUAAAAAUGGGAAGUUGAGUAUGAAGGAUCUGAAGAAGCUUUACUAUAAGAAGAUGCCACUGGAACACUGCGCUAAUGCAUUCUUCAAGUCAUGUGACAGGAACAGGAAUAAUAAAGUGACUGUGAGCGAGUGGACUUCCUGUUUGGUGGACAGAUCUGAGCGAUGGUUUAAUGAAUACAUGUCAGUGAGAAUGGGCUCGAGGAAACUGUGUGAUCAGCGCAGCAGCAUUGACAUGCAGGAUGGAUCUGAAUAGAGAUGUUUUUAUUAUUUCUGUAAUAUUCAUUUAUUCCAUUGUAAUCAUCCUGAAUAAUCCUGAAUUUAAAAGAUUCAAAUGCUCAUUCUCUUUCUUACUUUUUUAUUUGUAAUCUUUUAUUCUCUUUCUUUUUCUAUAUUUUCUUUUUGUUCUUUCAUUUCUUUCUUUCUCUUACUGUUUUUUUUUUAUUCUUUCUCUCAGCUCAGACUGCAUUAAUUCUGAAGUACUUGUAGGUUUACAGUCAAAUGUAAUAAACUCUGUAGUGACCUUUCAGUUCCUGCAUGUGUUAAAUUGAAAUGCAGAAUAAAUGCAUCAUUCAUCAAACACACAAUUACCACGUCAGUCAUAAUGGGAUGGAGGCAUGGGAGGCAAGGAGAUAGCAAUAACCUUAAAUAAAGCAGAUGGAGAAAGAGAUUGAGAGAUAAACGAGUGCGUGAUCAGAGAGGAGAGAAACAGAUAAACAGCAGCAUGAGAGAAACUCAGAGAAAAGCCUAGCACACACUAUAUGAUUUUAGCCCCAAUUUCCCAGUUACAGACUAAUUUUGGUCCCUUGUCUGUGACCGCAACACAACUGACCACAAGCGAUUAAAGUCUGAGAUUUUGAAAGUUAACAGUAAUGUAAUGGAGUAGAAAAGAGAGACACAACCUGCCCAAACACUGGGAACACACACACUACAUCCCAUAAAAAUGCUGCUUAAAAUAGGAAUACACACACACACAGAGUGAGGGAGAUCAUUUGAAGGUACAUAUUAAAAGCAAACAGGGCAUCUCCAUCCUGCUCUCAUUCUGUCACCCCUCAUUCUUCUGUUUCUCC